AUGAAAACUUUGCUGCUUUACUUGUUCCUCCUCUGCUUCAAUAUCCUCCUCCCUGCAGUUCACAGCCAGUGUAUUAAAGACCAGCAACAAUCGUUGCUCCAUUUGAAGAAAAGCCUUCAAUUUGAUCAAUCUUCAGGUCGAACCCCACUCAUAUCUUGGAAUUCAAGCACUGACUGUUGUUCUUGGGUUGGUGUUACUUGCACUAGUAAUGGGCAUGUUGUUGGUCUUGACCUUAGCAGCGAAACUAUCUCCGGUCCAAUUCCAGGAUCCUUUGCCAAAUUUUCAAACUUGAGGGAGUUGGACUUGAGUUCGACCAAAAUCUCCGGUCCAGUUCCAGGAUUCUUUGCCAAUUUUUCAAAGUUGAUUUCCUUGAAUCUCGGUGGUUGUCGGUUGAGUGGAACAUUUCCCAACGAGAUCUUUCAGGUACCUACUCUACAAGCUAUUGACCUUUCGGGUAAUUUUAAACUUGGUGGUUCCUUCCCAAAAUUUCCCAAGAAUAAUGGAUCUCUUGAGUCAUUGAUUCUAAGCCAGACAAACUUUUCAGGGUCAUUGCCUGAAUCAAUUGGCAACCUCAAAAUGUUGUCCACAAUAGAUCUUUCAUAUUGCAAUUUUACUGGAUCAGUCCCGUCAUCGGUCUUUUCUCUUCCCUUAUUGUCAGAACUAAACCUUGCCCACAAUCAAUUCUCUGGUGAACUUGCAUUUUAUAAUGUCUCUUCCAACUUAGUUACCCUUGAUUUAAGCAUCAACAAUUUGGAAGGACAAAUAUCAGUGUCUAUAUUUAAUUUUCGAGGCCUUCAAUCACUUAAUCUUUCUUCCAACAAUUUCAAUGCCUUUCCGUUCAAUGGCCCUCAACAACUGAAAAAUCUUAUGAACAUUGACCUUUCGUACAAUAGCUUGCUGAGUUUAUACAACGGUACUGAUUCCUCAUAUUCCUCAUUUCCUCAAAUUGAUUCAUUGAAUUUGGCUGCUAACAAAUUGGGAACAAUCCCAUAUUUCUUGAGAAAUCAAUCCACGUUAUCCAGUGUGGACCUUUCGGAAAACCAUAUUCGAGGCAAGAUACCCGAUUGGAUUUGGAGUUCCAAUUCACUUUCUACCCUAAAUCUUUCUUGUAACUACUUGGUAGCACUAGAAGCUCCUUUAUUUGAUUCUACAGUGAAAACUGUUGACCUUCAUUCAAACCAACUCCAGGGGCAAAUCCCAACUUUCCUACCAAAUGCCAAGUAUCUGGACUACUCGAGAAAUAAUUUCAGCUCUAUACCAUCGAAUAUUGGUGAUUCCCUCACAAACACACUAUUCUUCUCUCUUUCAAGCAAUAACUUGCAUGGACUCAUUCCAGCAUCAAUAUGCCAUGCCUCAAAUCUUCAGAUUCUUAAUCUGUCCAAUAAUUCUCUGAGUGGCAUGAUUCCCCAAUGCUUGACUGCCAUGCGUGAUUUGAGUGUACUUAACUUAGCGAGAAACAACCUCACUGGAUCUAUUUCUAAUGUUGAAGUUACUGAAGAUAGUUCAUUGCAAAUUCUAGAGAUCGGUGGAAAUCAGUUAGGUGGCAAGGUUCCAAAAUCUCUAGCUAAAUGCACUGAGUUGGAGGUUUUAAACAUUGGGAACAAUAAUAUAACAGAUAGCUUCCCAUGCUUGUUGAAGAACAUUCCAAACCUGCGUGUCCUUAUUUUGCGCUCCAACAACUUUUAUGGAGGCACUGAAUGUCUCAACACCAAUGGCACCUGGUCAGGGCUUCAAAUCAUAGACCUAGCUCACAAUAAUUUCAGUGGUGAAAUACAGGGAAUACUUUGGAGAACAUGGCGGGAAAUGAUGGCUACCGAAAAUGGUUCCCUAUUGACAACUGUCGUUGGAUCACAUACAAAAAGAAAACCCUCGAACAUUGGAUCACAUACAAAAAGAAAACCCUCGAACAUGAUCUGCAAUCGAGUAGGAGAUCCAACCUGCCAUGGCCAUCCAAAUGCUAUAUCUUCAAAUGCUCUAUCUCUAAAUGCUCUAUCUCCUUCAGAGUAUAGUGUAAGUCCUUUAGAGUAUAGUGUAAGUAUAAUAGUUACUAGCAAAGGUUUCGAGAUGGAACUGGUAAAGAUUUUAUCUAUCUUCACCUUGAUUGACUUCUCAAGCAACAACUUCAGUGGACCCAUACCUAAGGAAAUGGGAGAACUCAUUUCACUACGUGUCCUUAACUUGUCCCGAAAUGCAUUCACGGGCGAAAUCCCAUCCUCAUUUGGUAACAUGCGGGUACUCGAGUCCUUGGACCUAUCACAGAACAAGCUGAGCGGGCAUAUUCCACCGCAGUUGGUUAAGCUUACCUAUCUUGCAUCCUUGAAUCUCUCAUAUAAUCAACUGAUCGGCAGGAUCCCAAUCGGUAAUCAGUUUUCAACAUUUCUAAAUAACUCAUUUACAGGUAACAAAGGACUAUCGGGGUUUCCUUUGACAGUGGAUAACAAAGCAGGAUUUCCACCACCACCAACAGUAAAUGGAAGGCCUCCAAAUUCUGGACAUCAUCGUGAGGUUAAUUGGGAUCUUAUUAUUGUCGAAAUUGGAUUUACAUUUGGCUUUGGAGUUGCUGUUGGGUCACUUGUGUUGUGCAAGAGAUGGAGUAAGUGGUAUUACAGAGCUAUGUACAACAUCCUUCUCAAGAUAUUCCCUCAACUGGAAGAAAGAAUUGGUAUUCAUCGAAGACAUGUUUACAUAAAUCAAAGAUGGUGGAGACGUUGA